AUGUUCCGUACAGGCGUCCUUGGCCAUUUCACGCGGCGCGCAGGCGGUGCACACGGCGGGCCCAUCAAGUCUAUCCCACUUGUUCGCGUUCCGCCUUCCGCCCGGGUGCUUCCUUUCGGCACAGCCAAGGUCGAGGACAAGGAGGCGCUCCUCCGCUUCCCCGAAGGCGGGUGGAGGAUCAACGAGGGCGGCGAGGAGGGGUGGGCGAUUGUGGGCGAUGCGCCGGGUAGGAGGCUUGCGGUUGAGACUGUGCUUGGCCGGCAUCGGAUCGCGCCCAACACACCACCGCCAGGCCCACUACCGGUCAACGCCAAGCACACCCCAUCUGCCGCGAUUGACAAGGAAGCGUGGAAACCCGUGCAGUACCUCGCCUUCGCCAAGCCUUCAACCACGGGCGAGUUUACAGACUACACUGCCAGGUAUGGGGCGUUGCAAGAAGAGGACAAGAUGACGGUGCGGCAGCGGCUGGAGAUGAGUUUCGGACCGAGCGCGCAGGCGAGCAAGAACGUGUUCGAGGCCAUGACCAUGCUCGGCAUGCAUCACCUCGUGGACAUGCCUUAUAUUGCCCUCUCGAGUGGGCAGACACGGCGCGCUCGCAUCGCAACCGCCCUCAUGACCAAGCCGGCUAUGAUGUUGCUUGAAGAACCUAUGGCUGGGCUGGACGCCCAGAGCCGCCUGGUUGUGGAUGACGUGCUCGGCUCGAUCAAUAUCACCGAGAACGAGGCGCGGGUUGUCCUCGUGCUGAGGGAUAGGGAGGAGGACCUGCCUCGCUGGAUUACGAAUGUGGUCGACGUGCGCGAGGGCGAGGUGUGGGUCGGUACGCGGCGGCAGUGGGAUGUACGAAAGGCAGCGCAGGCGCGCAAGGAACAGCCAGAUGACAUGCCUGAUGGAAGCCGGACGAGCUCCGAGGCACCGCUCGUCAAGCUCUCUCAUGUGUCGGUGAGCUAUGGCGAGGGGACGCGUCCGGUUCUCAAGGACGUCGACUGGGUCAUCCGGCCCGGCGACAAGUGGCAUCUCCAAGGCGCUAAUGGCUCUGGCAAGACGACGCUCCUGUCGCUAAUCCUUGGACACCAUCCGCAGAGCUACAGCCUCGCGCCGGUGGCGCUCACUCUCUUCUCCCAACCAAGACGGAUGGUACCUACCCCCAUUCUGCGGCGGUUAAUUGGCCACACCUCGCCAGAGGUCUUCGCCGCCUUCCCGCGCAAUAUGGGGUUGACAGCGGCGCAGGCCAUUGCGACGGGAUACGAGGGCGUCUUCUCCCGCCGCCCGAUCACCGACGAGCAGAAAGUACGCAUCCUCGCCCUGCUCGAGUUCUUCAAGCCCCACCUGGCGACAACGCGGACAGGCGAACCGGCAGAGAUGACGGCUCGGGAAAUCGGGAAUAGGAACUUUGCGCACUACACGCCGGCGCAGCAGGCGCUGAUUGUAUUCUUGCGCGCGAUCGUCGCCCGUCCCCCCCUGCUGAUUCUGGACGAGCCGACACAGGGCGUAGACGAGGGUAUCUGGCGCCGCUGUUUUGAGCUCCUGAAACGCGAGUGGGAGGAGAUGGAGGAGGCUGGGACUGGGCAGGCGUGCGUCGUCGUCUCGCACUACGACGAAGAGGUGCCGUGGCGUAAUGGCAAGGUCCUGCGCCUCGAGGAUGGCGUGGCUACCUGUGGAUCCUAG